UUUAUACUUGUAUGUUUCAGAGACUGAAGACUUUAAACACCACACAUCAGCUCAAACACUGAAGGGUAAGAAGAGCUUUCAGACUCUCACUGAGUUUGUUGUUUUCCCUCUUUGGUUUCACCAAAUUGGCUGCAGCUUUGUGGGACGGGACAGGACGCGCCCACUUGUCCUUCAGGUCCUCAGUAAGAUCAGCCAACCUCUUUACUUCAGGUCUGUGGACUGAAGUGGACUGAGCACGGACGGACCUCAGUGUGUCUGAAACAGGAGUUAAACUGGCUGCUGCUGCUGCUGAACCAACAUGAAGAAACAAGUGACAUUUGCAGAAAGUCAGGUGGUCCACAGGCUCCAUCAGGACGAGGCUUUUCCCAGGGGUGCCGGGACCAACGGGACGAACAUGGCCGUCGUCAAGGAGUCACGUCACAGACACGCCAGCAUUAACUUCAGCAACGGUUUGAACAUCGCCAGGCCACCAGCCACGAGAUGUGAACCGCAGCUGCAACACGUGACGACCGUGCGGAUCCCCCAAAGCGUGACGGCAGCCCCGUUUCUGAAGCACGCAGCGCUCACGCCGGCCCAGAAGGAGUUUCUGCGCACCAUUGCAGUCUCCCACAGCAGCGCACUCGUCCGCAGCCUCAUCACGCAGCACUACAUGAACGUCCUGCACAGGUGCACACGAGCAGCAGGAGACCUGGCUGGGACUUCUGGUGCCUCACCUGGGACUGACGCGGGCCACAAACACCAAUCAGAGGUCAGGGAGAAGAUAAACACUGCUGCAAGGAAUCCUGGGAAAUCAUUUCUGCCAAAAAUCCCAAACAGGCCUGCCAACCAAUCAGCGUCAACACAAAGAAAGACGAAGACACGUGCAACAACGUCAGCGUCAGCGAGGAGGAAACGUGCGAGACGAAGCAGGAUAAAACUGCUGGAGGAGGAGGAGGAGGAGGAGGAGGAAGGGCCGGACGACUCGCUGACAGAAUGUGUGCGUUCACUGUCCGUCGGAGAUUGGGAUGAGGACGCUUUUUUAGAUUUGUGACGUUUCUUUCUUUUUUCUUUUUAAUUAAUUAAUUGUAUUUACAACACAAGAUAGGGACAAUUGAAAAAAAUGAACACAGGAAUCAACCAAUCAAGGACGGAGAUCAGCAACCGAAUAUAACCAUUAAACAAAAGAGAAGUCAUAUUGAAGAACAGAUAAGAAAAAAACAAAACAAAAAGAGACAGAAAGAAUGAAUUGCAAGAAUGAAUAUGAUAUUUACCCAUCAUAAUAACAAGACUGGUAGUAUCGGAAAUGUUUGCAUCCAAGUUGUUCAUAUAAAUAAUAUCAUUAUAGGAAAAAGGGGGUGUAUUAUCCAUUUUCAAAGAUAACCAACAUUCAAAAAAUAGAUUUUUAAUAGUUUCGGCCUCUGAACAGCAAACUUAAAUCUUCUAUGCAGGAAGUCACUAUCAGAGUAAAUUGCUGAUACUGUUUUAAAAUGGGUUUCCUUAACUUCAGGAGCAACAGGGGAAGUUAUAUAAAAAGAAAGCGCCUGUCUCUUUAGGGACACCUCUGUGUUAUUCUGAACAGAACAUGAGUUAAAGUCACCAAAAAUUAUUUGUUUAAAAUGCAGACUUAUCAUUUUGUUGUUACAUUUUUUAUCCAAUAAAUUAAUGUCACCAGUUUUUAGAGUGGGCAAAAGGGGUGUAACAGACCAAAGCUGCAUACUGUUAUGAGUCAGUUGGGUUACAGGAGUAGGAAUUGCUUUGCAGAUCUUUUUCUUUGAGAUGACAGUGUUACACUUUGAGGUGAAGUCAGUCAUGCGUCUGGCUUCAGUGGAUCAUAAACAUUACCUCACUGUUACACCAAUCAGAUUUGAAUAUGGAUUUUUUUUGUUUAUGGUAAUAACCCUGUUGUUCUACAACAAAGAGUCGUGUGGUGAAAAGUUAUGGGUAAAUAACAUCCUUCCGAACUGCAGCGCUUGUUUGUGGAAAUUGGAUAGUAUUACAGGAACGAUUUGUGACGUUUGUGCUGCAGUAAUAUUUUGUGUGGCCGCAGAAUGACUACUAGUGGGACUUUUCUUCUUCUCCUUUUCCGUCCACUUUCAUGGCUCCAGACAGGAAGUUCAAACCUUUUUGGUCAGCUGUGAAACAGAAAGCGGCUCAGUUUGCGGUGUGAAACCUGCGCCCUCCAGUGGCGGCCAGGGGGAACUUCUUGAAAACUUCAUUUCCGGGAAAUGAUUUGUUUGUGUCAGUGAAAACCGAGCGAUGAGUUCAGCUUCAGGUCAGACAAAAGCCAGCAGCUGCAGUCACCGUUUGGGCUGCUUUUUUCCUCAAAAUAAUAAUAAUUAAAUUUUAGAUUCAUUUAACUACUUGGGACUAACUGGUACUACAUGCUAUAUAUUUGGUACGAUAUAGUUUUACAUCAGCUAGAAAGAGGAGAUACUCAAGUAAAAGCAGUAGCUCAGAACUGUACUGAAGUACGGCACUUGAUAAUUAGAAUUAAUAAUGCAAGGUUUUCUGUUUUGCAGAGUAUUUCUGACACAAAAUUCACUUUUUAAGUAGUAAAUCUCACGUUCUCCACACGUCCGCUGCAAGUUCUGGGAGAAAUGUAUCAAGAAUAAAAGGCAUCGCUAAUUUAUUUGAUGUAAGCACUAAAUAUUUCUGUUUCUUAAACCCCUUCAGUGUGUUAAUGUACACCACAAUAUUUAUUAUUAUUAUUAUUAUCAAUAAAGACAAAACAAUGGAUAGAGUGAAAGUAGAUCUUUAUUGUGGGGAAGAAAUAACUGAAAAAGGCAGACUACAAGAAGCUACAGGUCUCUUGGUUACAUGAAGAGGGCAAAAAAAAAAACAAAAAAAGA